GCAUUACUUUUUUUUUGUUUUAUGUGAGCAAAUCCUCCACUGGCGGUUUUGAAGCGGCUUCAAAUCGACUUUGAUUCCUUAACACAUUAUUCUCGUAAUGGCCGACAACUCCAUCAAAAUCUUUACGGGAAACUCUCACCCGGAGCUCGCAAAGUUGGUGGCUCGACGCAUUGGCCUCGAACUUGGCAAAGUCAAUGUCUUGAAGUACUCGAAUCAAGAAACUUCAGUGACUAUUGGAGAGUCCGUCCGUGACGAGGACGUCUUUAUUAUUCAAAGUGGAUGUGGCGAGAUUAAUGAUAAUCUUAUGGAGCUUCUCAUUAUGAUCAAUGCCUGUAAGACGGCUUCCGCUCGCCGUAUCACUGCCGUCAUUCCUUGCUUUCCUUACGCUAGACAAGACAAGAAGGACAAAUCACGAGCACCUAUUACUGCAAAGCUUACAGCCAAUAUGCUGACUGUUGCUGGUGCCGAUCAUGUCAUUACCAUGGACCUUCAUGCUUCACAGAUCCAAGGUUUCUUCAAUAUACCUGUGGAUAAUCUUUAUUGUGAACCUUCCAUGAUCAAAUACAUUCGCACGUGCAUUCCCGAGUGGACCAACGCCAUUAUUGUUUCUCCAGACGCUGGCGGAGCCAAAAGAGCCACCUCGAUUGCCGAUCGCCUCAAUUUAGAUUUCGCUUUAAUCCACAAAGAAAGAAAGAAGGCCAAUGAGGUAUCUCGUAUGGUCCUCGUUGGAGAUGUUCGUGGCAAGAUUGCUAUUCUUGUUGACGAUAUGGCUGAUACCUGCGGAACUCUUGGUCUCGCCGCAAAAACCUUGGUUGAAAAUGGUGCUGAGAAGGUUUAUGCCAUUGUUGCUCAUGGCAUUCUAUCUGGCAAAGCCAUCAAGGUUAUCAAUGAGUCAGUGAUUGAGAAGAUGGUCGUGACAAAUACCAUUCCUCAUGAUGAAAAAAUGUCGAUAUGUCCAAAGAUUGAUAUCAUUGAUAUCUCGGCAACAUUGGGAGAAGCCAUUAGGAGAACGCACAAUGGCGAAUCUGUAUCAUAUCUGUUUUCCAAUGUGCCAGAGUGAGCCAGACGAAAAUCUUUAUUAAAAAAAAAAACAAGUAUCCAGCUUUAACCCAAUUCCAAGCCAUC